GAAUCGGAAUUUAAAGCGAGCGAGAUCGGUGCUAUGACUGCUAUCAUGAGCGCUCCGUUCAAACUCGAUGAAACCGCUCCCUCCAUUCAAAUUCUCUCUUCCUCUCCCUUGAAACCCUAGCGAUCUGCCCCUCUUUCCCGCCUCCUCUCUCCGAUGGCUGUUCUCGGCGCAGGAGUAGUGCCGGCUGCAUCCGCCGCCGCUGCCAGCUCUCCGCUCAAGGAGGACUGCGAUGAAGGCUCCGGUGAGCGGAUGGAUGGGCCUGAAGAGAUCAAGCUGCGAGAUCUGCACUCGGCGCUUCAAGUCCAAGAAGUUGGAAGCCAACCUUUAAAUUUGUCAACCAUAAAUGAAGCCGAGAUGCCUGGAUAUCAACCAAAAGAAGGAAGUUCUGAAAUUUCAGUAACUACUGCCUCACUGCUUGCAUCAGAGAGCGCAGUUGAUAGCACUGUUGAAAAAGUUGCUGCUUAUCUGACAUUGGGUCUUCCUGAACCAAAUAAAGAGUAUGCGCAAACUAAUGUUAACUUUGGCCUUGGGGUGGAUCUCAAUUAUGAUCAUCCCUCACUUAUAAGAGAAUAUGAUCUAUUUAAUCCCUUCAAAAGGUCAGUAGAAAUCAAGUCUUCAGAUGCUUCUGAGUGUGGAAGUACCACAGGUCCAAUUGAGGAGAGUGAACCUUUGAAGAAGUGGAAACAGAUGAAACAGAAUGGCUUUCUUUCAUAUUCACAUGGUGGCAUACCAGUACCUAAACAACAGAGUAGUCAGCCAAGAAAGAGAAAAUAUGAUAGAAAUCAAAGCAAGAAUGAGUGUGCAAAAAGAGAGCAGAUUAGUAGGUUGGCAAAUCUAGCUAUACCAAGUGGAUUACUUUCUGGAUUAAAUCCUGGAAUAAUCAACCAUGUAAGAAAUACGAAGCAAGUUCACUCCAUUAUAAAAGCUGUUGUACAAUCAGAGAAACAUGAUGAACAAACUCAGAAUAGAAUCGGUAUUGGUAGAAGGAAAGAUCAUAUUCACAAAAACGAUUCAACACCUAAACAUAAUUCAUGUAUUUCUCCAAGCAUGGAAUAUCUAGGUAAGGAGAAUGAAACUGACAUGGUUAAACACAAGUUCCAUCAAGGAGCUUGCGGAACUUCACAGCUGACCUUUGCAAGUGAGGAUGAUGCACUAGCAUUGAAACUCUUAUCAACUGCUACCUUGGUUUCAGAAAUUGCUAGCAGUGGAACACCUGAUCAAUUUUCUGAAAAUCAGGAAAAACUUGACUCCUUAUCUAUAGAAGCUGCUAACAUUGCAUCACAGUGGCUAGACCUUCUUCAGCAGGAUAUCAAAGGGCGCCUUGCUGCACUAAGGCGCAGCAAGAAGAGGGUAAAGAAUGUAAUACAGACUGAACUACCUUACUUGAUUUCCAAAGAAUUCACAUCCAAUCAAGAAAAUGAACCUUAUUCUACACAAUCAUCUGAGGCUGUUUCAACCCAAGAGAUGCAUGUGGCGUGUUGGAAAUCACUAUUCAAUCAGAUGGAUAGAGCAUUGUAUGAAGAGGGAAAACAACUUGAGAAUUGGUUAAAGCAAGUUCGAGAAAUGCAACUGCACUGUGAGAAUGGCCUUAAGUUUGCUGGCUCAUGUGGUUCUUCACAUUUAACUUCAUCAGAGAAUCCAAGUAACUUGAGCACCUCUGAAACUUUGGAGCGCAAGUACGCAGUUUGGGCUGCUGCAGCGUCCAUCUACUCCACCUGCAACUGCAUCACGAAAGCAGAAAAAGCGUGAAGAAAUAUACCUCAACCUCUGUUAUUUGGGAGCUAAUUACCUAUUUAUAUAGCAGUUGCUCUCAUCUUACUCGCAUCAGUUUCUAUAAAAUUUCUUGCACAAUUAAUUUGCUCGAAAUCAAGUUUCUUGCACAAUUGAUUUGCUCAAAGUUUUCUUGUAACGGUGACUUUACUUCAGAAAGCUACAAUGGGAUGUUUCCAAUCUAGCAACCAGCGUUGUGAUGUUACUCCUUGUAACCUUGAUGCUUAUAAGCACGCAUUAUUUGCUCUUGAUGA